CUUACGCAUAGUCCGGCAAGACAAUCACCCAACUCGUUUCGACUCAUAAGUCACAAGCAAGGCUUACCCACCAGAAGACUCAGGUCCACAGCCCACUUCUCGCGGACAAACACACUCGCGCACCCGACAGAAUGCCCUUCUACGUCCACAUUUCAAACCGUCACAAUGGCAAUUACCCCGGCGAAUGGCAUCGCUGGCUGUUGACCGCCGCCACCCGGGACGAUGCGAAGAGAUUCUACUGGGGGCUGCACAAGUACACCAAGACAGACAAUGCAAGCAUCAAAUCUGUCCAGGCCGAGACCAUGGAAUGGUGGAACUACGACGCCAGUGACGGCUUCAGUCUCCAGAACCUCUAUAAAUGGAUCCAGCAGAAGCAGACGGACCAGUACAAGAACAUCCAAGAACUUACCGACACCCGCGAGAGGACCCUUCUCACCAUAUUGCCGGAUACCAACUUUGAAGACAGAUUCUGACUGGUUCUGCCCGGAUUUCAGGAUACGUCGAUUGAGGAUCUGUGGGAGGAUUGAGCUCGUCUUUGAG